AUGAGAGAGUAUGAACUCGUUGAGCUCGAUUUGUCGUCGAGGGACGCACACAUUACGACAACAGACUGGUAUUCUGUCUCUCUCACGAUAUUUUUUUCAAAAUCCGGUCAAAAGAUCGUAAAGAUCACCCAAAACAAAGAUACAGUUUGGAAGAGCAAUAUGGACGAUGAACACGCUCAUUCGCUCUUUUUAUUCAAAGGAAAACGCAGUACAAUGACCCUGGAACUCGAGGAAACAGCGACAAGCGAGGACAGUCUCGAGAAGACAGGGGUACCCAGAAGAAUGGGUGGGAAGAAUAGUGAAGAUAAAGAAGGAGGAAUCUCCGAAUGUCAACUCCUUGAGAUUGUGGUAACAAAGUCACCCACAAAUGUCAGAGGUGAACCUACUGCCCCUGUAGGUGAACGCAUUCCUUCCAAAUUCCAUCGCGUCUACUUUUACAAUGAGGGCGGUGAGUGGACGCCAACAGAUGCGGCAACCUUUAAUCUCAAGUUGGAUGGGAUGAAGAUGAACGGGAAAAUUACUGCUAGCGACUCAACUAUAGCACCAAAUAUUGCGCACUUUGUAAAGCCAGAGAGUCCACCAAAGUACUUUGGGAUUGAUGUGGACGGAACGUUUUUUGUAGAGAACGAAGCUGUUUUUAGGAAAAAUAUUGAAGCCUUUGCCAAAGUCAUGAAGAUGGGUUAUACACCGUUUUUAUGUACAGAGAAAAAAUGUGACGACAAAGAUUCACCAUGCAAGUGUAGUGAUACCAUACCAGGCCUAAAGGCCGAAAAGAGGGCUAGCCAGCCGACAGCUGGAUUUACCAAGUAUAUUCAUUAUCUUCAAAGUGGAGGUAUAUUUACUCUAAAUAAGGAACUUAGUAAUGGAGGUAAAUUAAGCGGUGGAUAUCAAAUAGAAUCAGCAGGGAAUAACAUACCAAAUGUACAGAGUGUUUCUACUUACUACUGGAACGGUGAUAAUAAUACACCAAUCCUUAUUGAAGUUAUCACAAAUGGUGGUAACACUACAACUAUACGUUAUGGCAGGAAUAAUAGUACUGACAAGGAUUGGAAUCCCGUAGAAGCUGGUCUGAAUGAACAAGAAGCUCUGGAUCAACAGAACUGCAAGAUUAACAAUGCCAUCCCCUUAAACAUAACAAGUCCUCAAUCGGGUGAUCUUCCCAAUGACUCGAAAGCUGAUUGCUUAAAGACUAGAACGAUAAACUCUGCACAAUCAUCUCCCCCUCCAAAAACCCCUCCAGGAAGCGAUUAUACAGUUACAGGGUAUACUAUUAAUGGUCUUGUUGAUAGAGAUAUAGAGACAAAGAUAUCUAGAGUGACAUUGCGUGGUAACCCCGUUACUUUUUCUACUCCUCCUGAUGCUAUAACUGAAGUCAGACUCUAUUCUUCAUCCGUUAAUACAAAUGCACCCAUUAUGGUUUCAUUUCUAAAACAAGGUGGAGAGUCUAAGUGGUAUGAAAGUCAAAACAAAGAAGGCACCCAAUGGGGAGAAGUUGGAGAUGAGAAAACAAAGAAAUUUUACACUAAAAAAAAUAGUACUACUCCGCUACCUGCUCUUUCAGAGAAAAUCGAUCAAGUGUUAUGCUCAAAGUAUAAAAACGUUACCCUAAAUCUUACCAAGAGUAAUUCUGAGAAUCAUCUCAAUGGACAGAAUUACUGUUGCGAAGAACAUGCAGGUGAAAAGGGUGCUAAGGGUACCGGGAGGGUAACUGUUAAAGAAACACAAAUUAAAGAUCCAUCCAGUUCAAAUCCUGUUAAAGUAUACAAACAUGAGAUCAAUAAUGGAUAUAGUCUUGCUGGUAUCUACUAUAUAAACGACGAAGGUGAAAGAAAGAAGAUAAAGAUUGAUGGCCUUCAAGCUACUGGAAACGAUUCAGUAAAGGUAUAUGCAUUAUACUCCGGUGAUAGCACGGAUCCCAAACUUAUUUAUCUUCAUAAAAAUGAAGACAAUAAUGAAACUUCUGGAUGGUAUCAAAUGCAGGAUAAUGGUGAUCAUGACAGUAACUGGAGUAAGAUCCCUACUGCACUAAAGAAUAUAACAGAAAUUGAUCUGGAUAGAGGAAGCCUUGAAUGUGACAAGUUGAAGGCACUCAAAAGAGUACUUAAGCAUGAUAUCGGUGGCUUGACAGAUUGUGAUGAACCUCCAGAGUAUAAACUACAAGAAUUACUCGGCCAAGAACCAGAACUAAAGGAAAAACUCGAAAGGAAAGACCAUGAAGAAGAUGCUAAACUUAAAUCUGAUACUGGUACUGCUACUGCUGGUGAUGAUUCUGAUUCUACUGAUGAAGCUGGAGCUGAAGGAGGCUUUGAAGGAAAACUGUUGGAAGUGAUUGGUCCUCUUAUCAACCUUGGACUAGCUGAAAAUGAUGCUGAACAGCUCUUAUAUAAAGUAUUAAGUCUUGUUACUACGGUUGAUGACGAAACUCUAGAAGAUAAAAAAGGUCCUGGCGAUACUCCUAGUGCUGGUAAAGAUGGUCAACCUGGAGAUAUUAUAGGACCAGACUCUAAUAUUGCUAGUCCGUCUACUCCACCCGAUGGAGUUACUGAUGGCAGAACACUAAAUGGCUCAGUUUCCAAAUUGGGUGCAUCAUUAUUCGACAGGACAGAUUAUAAAGGCUACCCUGGUGUUUAUGGUAACGGUACGCUUGUCUUUGACAAAGAGGGGAAUGUUAUUCACCAGACGUACUUUUCCCCUUCAUUCAUUUCAAAGAUUAUACAACACAUUAAUAACACCGGAUAUCGUCAAAAGGUUGUAUUUCAGGACAUUGAACGUUAUUAUUCAUUGGAAUUUGCUCCGUUUAUAGUGUCAAGGCUACUCCUAUUUUACGAGAAGAUGAAUCCGCUUAUUGUUGACGAAGAGACCCUCUUGAAGCUAAAAAUUUGCAGCAUAAGCAUUCUUGAUUGUACCUUUGAUAUAGAGGAUUUAAAGACAGAAUACUCGAAGAAAGAGGUUCAACUUGGCAUGUUUUGUGAAUUGGUACCGCGGAAUGCAACAAAGGCUACAGGUAUCAAGAAACUCAUGGAACACUAUGGAGUUCCUCUAGAAGAGUGUGGAUUUAUUGGCGAUGGCGAUAACGAUACAGAAGCUAUGAACUUUUGUAAGGUUUCGUUUGCAGUUGGUAAUUCACCGGACUUUGUCAAGAGGCAUGCAAAGUGGGUAAUGGAGAAGACUUGUGAUGAAGGAGCAGUAGCUCAGGCACUGGAACUGGUCUAUAAGUAA